AUGGCAGGAGAGAUGAAUUCCUGGGAUAUCCUUUUGGAAGCAGUGGAGGAUCUGGAGCUGAACAUGUUCAAGAAGUUCAAGCUUAAAUUAUCGCAUAUUGAUUAUGAAGGCACGGACAAUCUGUCCAGAGGUUUACUGGAAGAAACCGAUGAUGCAGUCAGGCUUGCUGACUGCAUGUGUGAGCACUAUGGACCAGACAUUGCUGUGGAGGUAGCCACCUGUGUGCUGGAAGGGAUCAAUCAAAGAGACACUGCAGCUAAACUGAAGCGAAAGAAACAGCAAGAUUACAGGAAGAAGUACAGAGACAAUGUAGCAAGAGAGUUCCAUACAUUUAAAGAGGUGAAUGCUUCUCUGGGUGAGAAUGUGACUCUAAGCAGUAGAUAUACGAAGGUAGUGAUGAUUACGAACCCUCUGGGGAGAAGUGAACGAGAACAUGAAGUCCUGGGUCUAAGAGAAAGACAUGCAGAAGUCAGAAGGGAAGAUGCUCACCCUGCAGUUACUAUAGAAACACUUUUUCAGCCUGAUGAAAGAGGUCAAAUGCCACAGAUCGUUGUGCUGGUGGGUAGCGCAGGGAUUGGAAAGACAGUGACAGCAAGAAAGAUCAUGCUAGACUGGGCAAGAGGAGCCAUUUAUGCACAAUUUGACUAUGCUUUCUACAUAAACUGUAGAGAAAUCAACCUUUCCCAGCAGGCAGAUAUGCUGAGUCUGGUGGAUCUGAUCUCAGCUUGCUGUCCUUGUGGAAAGGCACCACCUGAAGCAAUCCUGGCUAGUCCCGAAAAGCUCCUGUUUGUCAUUGAUGGCUUUGAUGAACUGAGGUUUUCCUUGGAUCAGCCAAAAAAUAAACUGUGUUCUGACUGCGUUGAAAGGAAGCCAGUGGAAAUCAUUCUGAGCAGUUUAUUUCAGAAAACUCUCUUGUCUCAAUCCUCCUUGCUCAUCACUACAAGACCAACAGCUCUUCAGAGGCUGGGGCAGUGUUUAAAGGAGGAGCGUUAUGUAGAAAUAAUGGGCUUUUCAGAUGCUGAGAAGGAGGAAUAUUUCCACAAGUUUUUCAGGGAGGAAGAGAAAGCAAUAAAAGCCAUUACCUUUGUCAAAAGAAAUGACACUCUCUUUGCCAUGUGCCUUGUACCCAUCAUGUGUUGGACCAUCUGCACUGUCCUUGAACAAGAACUUAAUGAAGGGAAAGAUCUUGUCCAGACUUCUAGAACAACCACAAUGCUGUACGUGCUGUACAUUUCCAGCUUACUCAAGUGUGGGAGUGACGAUCUGAAGCAGGAUACGAAGAAGUUCCUGAGCAGACUUUGCUGCAUGGCUGCUGAUGGAAUCUGGAAGCAGAAGAUCCUGUUUCAUGAAAAGGAGAUUGAGGUGUAUGGCUUAAAUCACCCAGUCCUUCUCUCCCUUCUUCUGAAUGAGAGUGUUCUAAGAAACCGUAUGAAGUGCGUGAGUGUCUACAGCUUCCUUCACCUGAGCUUUCAAGAGUUUUUUGCAGCAUUGUUCUAUGCACUGGAGGACAAUGAGGAAACGGGAGAAUUGAGGACACCAGGAAAGGAUAUAAAGAAAGUGUUAGAAAAGUAUCGUGAGUAUGAUACAAAUUGGAUAUUAGUGGUACAAUUCCUGUUUGGCUUGUUAAAUGAGGAAACAAGUGAGUAUCUGAUGGAAAGAACUGGUUGUAAAAUCUCAUCUAGAAUUAAGGAAGACUUAUUGAAGUAUAUUCAAAUAGGCCAAGGAAUAACUUCAUGUCCUAGAGGAGUGAUUGACAACUUGAAU